AUGAACCUCAAGCUCCUUCCCAUGAGAUUCUUGUCGACACAAGAGCAGCAUGAGAUUAGAUGUAGGCUCAUUGCCCGAGGCAAGAAGUACUGUGCGCUUUCUAUAGCGUCUCACAGAUUCAUGCAUUAUAAUGGACCCAUCGCCCUUACUGCUACCAGCAAUGCCAGGUUUUUAGGUGAAAUUACCAGUAAUAAGGACCAAUCAAGCAGGAAUCUGGCAACUAGUCAAAGAGUCAUUAUUGAUAGGAAGGCUGAAAAGGAAAUUAGAAGUUUAUUCGAGAAUUUUGACCUCAUGGCGCCGUCAUUAAAAGAAUACCUAGGGUACUCUCCUCAUGGGUCAGAUAUCCACGACAAUGAAGUCACGUUUGAACCAACGCAUGACGACGAUAUCCCAUUAGUUUCUAUCAUAGACUCGAGCUCUGACUCUGAUCUUGACGCAGAACAAAUUGCUCAGAAGUAUAGAGAAGAAACAAGGAAACGCAAUAUGGUUUGGGACGGUGACCAAUUCACGGACAACGAUUAUCUGAUGUGUCCUCCGACAUUGAUUGCUUUUCUACUUAAGCACAAAGUCUGGGCAUUUCGUAUCUACAUUUCUGGACUCGAGGAGAUUACUUGGAAAGAAGACCCUUUCUUAUCACUUCAACUUCCAGAAGAGAAGAAAAGAUUAGUGAAAAGCCUCGUUCAGGGGUUUGGAUUGGAUAAGGAUGAUUUUCACCUGGAGUCUUAUGAAGAUAUCAUUGAGGGUAAAGGGAAAGGCCUAGUUUUCCUUCUCCACGGCCCUCCUGGGCUUGGAAAAACUUUAACAGCAGAAAGCGUGGCAGAAAGCACUCAUCGCCCCUUGUACCAUGUGUCAACAGGUGAACUCAGUACAAAUGUGGAAAUUAUAGAAAAGCAACUGACUGAAAUCUUCCGUCUGGGACUUCGUUGGGGGGCUGUAGUGCUACUAGACGAGGCGGAUGUUCUCAUGACAAAGAGAACAACAGCAGAGCUAGAAAGAAACGCUGUCGUAGCCGUUUUCCUUCGUCUUAUUGAGUAUUAUGACGGAAUGCUCUUUCUCACUACAAAUCGCUUUGACGACUUUGACAAUGCCUUUUACAACCGUAUUCACGUUUCUCUUCGCUACUACCCCCUUCAAUCUUCAGAGCGGACCAACAUCUGGCGCCAGCACAUAACACGAGCUACGCAGAGACCCCGGAACCACAAUGAAUACUCUCAGUGGUCUGAAGAGACGUUCCAGCUAUUGGGGCAGAUCGAGACGAAUGGACGGGACAUCCGUAACUUCACCCGGACAGCAUAUGGCUACGCCCUCGCCCUUGGUGAGGAUCUAAGCAUCAGCCAUGUUAUGACUGUUAUACGAAAUAACUUGAAUGUUGACGAUUCAUCGAAGUUGGUCCAAAGUCUGAAUGAGCUUGAGGCUUUACAGUUAAGAUAA